AAACCUCACCCAGACCUACCUGCAGCAGCUCACUGCUCCCAUCACUUCUCCCCAAACCAUGUCCUGUGAGUCUUGCCUGCCCGCCCUGAGCUGCCGCACCAGCUGCUCCUCCCGGCCCUGCGUGCCCCCCAGCUGCCAUGGCUGCACCCUGCCCGGGGCCUGCAACAUCCCCGCCAAUGUGGGCAACUGCAAUUGGUUCUGUGAGGGCUCCUUCAAUGGCAAUGAGAAGGAGACCAUGCAGUUCCUGAAUGACCGCCUGGCCUCCUAUAUGGAGAAGGUGAGGCAGCUGGAGAGAGAGAAUGCAGAGCUGGAAUGUAGGAUCCAGGAGAGGAACCAGCAGCAGGACCCCCUGGUGUGUCCUGCCUACCAGGCCUACUUCAGGACCAUUGAGGAGCUGCAGCAGAAGAUUCUGUGUGCUAAGUCUGAGAACGCCAGGCUGGUCGUGCAGAUCGACAAUGCCAAGCUGGCCUCUGAUGACUUCAGGACCAAGUACCAGACUGAGCUGUCCAUGAGGCAGCUGGUGGAGGCUGACAUCAACAGCCUGCGCAGGAUCCUGGAUGAGCUGACCCUCUGCAAGUCUGACUUGGAGGCUCAGGUGGAGUCUCUGAGGGAGGAGCUGCUGUGCCUCAAGAAGAACCACGAGGAGGAAGUCAACACCCUGCGCUGCCAGCUUGGAGACCGCCUCAACGUGGAGGUGGACGCUGCUCCCACCGUGGACCUGAACCGAGUGCUCAACGAGACCAGGUGUCAGUACGAGGCCCUGGUGGAAACCAACCGCCGGGAAGUGGAGGAAUGGUUCACCACACAGUCAGAGGAGCUGAACAAGCAGGUGGUGUCCAGCUCAGAGCAGCUACAGUCCUGCCAGGCUGAGAUCAUCGAGCUAAGACGCACAGUCAACGCCCUGGAGAUCGAGCUGCAGGCCCAGCACUGCAUGAGAAACUCUCUGGAGAACACCCUGACAGAGAGUGAGGCUCGCUACAGCUCUCAGCUGUCCCAGGUGCAGUGCCUGAUCACCAACGUGGAGUCUCAGCUUGGUGAGAUCCGGGCUGACCUGGAGCGUCAGAACCAGGAGUACCAGGUGCUGCUGGAUGUCCGGGCCAGGCUGGAGUGUGAGAUCAACACGUACAGGAGCCUGCUGGAGAGCGAGGACUGCAACCUCCCCUGCAACCCAUGCGCCACCACCAAUGCUAGUGGCAGUUGCUGUGGACCUUGCGGCAGCUCAAAGCGUUGCUGUUAACUGAACUGAUUCCCUUUUGAAGAUGUCGAUGAAGUCAUUUAGUUCAAAUGCAGGAACGGUCAAACCCAGGCCCCUCCUUUGCAAGGAUUUCCGUUGUCACUAAGAAACGUCAUCGUGACAACUGUGAUUUUUAGAUGAGGAUGAGCUUUCCUGAACCAGCAACUUCCUGUCCAACUCCUUCAGUUGAAGGUUGAGUGUCUUUUCUGCUCAGGUGUCACAUGUCUGCCAACGGAACUCCGUGAGAUUGGCAUAGAGGGCGGUUCCUGUACAUGCCUCCAUUUCCUGCCUUCCUUUCUUCUUGGUGAUUCUCUGGAAUGCAAGGAGGCAGCUUCAUCCACCUCCCAAUAAACUUUAUUUCUCUGGCAUAGUAAA